AUGAGCGUCGUGUUUGGGGGCAGUGAGGCCUCCCCGGCCCAUAUGAAAUUGGGUGAGGUCUCUGAUGAGGCUUUGGAUCUUUUUACCGUUCCACCUACCAACAUCACUUACACUGGAUACUGUAUCGUGGAAAUCAAUCCGACCAGUAAAAGUAUUACCCCUAUAGAAUUUAUGAUACCAGGCAGUCGCGAAUAUAUCGAUUUUAGUACAAGUUAUUUUCGUAUGGAUUUGACUCUCAAAAAAGCUGAUGGAACAAAUCUGGCAAGUGCAGAUGCACCAUGGUUGGCUCCCAAUGCAUUUCACACUAUCAUCUAGCAACCUUCCAUCUACGUGAAUGGAACUUUGACGACAGAACAAACGGACACGUAUCCUUACAAAGCUCAUCUGGAAACCAUCCUUUAUUACGGAACCGAAGUUGAGGAAACGUUUCUCAAACUGCAGGAGUAUUAUUCAGCGCUAGAUUAUCCAGCUAUAACUUUGAUGGCCAAUGAAUUGGACAGGGCAACACCACAUGCUGACUACGAAGCAUUAAUACCAGAACGAAAAGAAGCAGUGAACGGGGCUCUGGAUAUGAAAGAACGAACCACAGGGGGAAAAACCAUUCAAUUAUUUGGUAUGCCUCAUGUGGAUUUGUUCAAUUCAGGUAGAAUGCUUAUACCAGGAGUCGAUCUGAAAAUGAGGUUUACCCUCAAUGAUCCCAAAUUCUUCAUGAAUGGACUGACUUCAGUGACUACAAAUGUCGGGCUUCAACAGGGAGAUUUGAAAAUGAAAUUCUUUGCAUGUAUAGUCAAAGUAAGGUCAGACAUGUACAAUCACUGGAAAAAAAUCUAG